AUGGCUUUACAAGAGCCAAGAAAGGCUAGAUCACUCAGCCUUGCAGGAAUUGCUCAAAUCUCCAAUGAUAUCUCUAGAAAGUUUUUGGAUCGCAGUGACCUGUCCAGGCUCUUACGAAUUGCUUCAAAUUUCCUUAAAGACCAUACUCAGGUGUUGGUGGAACUGGACAGCUUCUUUCUUCAUGAUCCAAGUGCCAAAAUAAAGUUGGUGUUUGUGGAAGACACUGUAUUGGUGAAGAACAUUUUUGUUAUGUCCUCUUCUAUGCAGGAACUUGCUCAAAGGUCACCUGAAAAUCUUUACGUUGAUCUACAGAGUAAUAUUGGCCCAGGGCUGAACUUAUACAGUGUGUCUUGUGAGGAUGAGUCUGGUUGGAACAUGUGUGCUAGUUGCAUAUCAAAAACCAACAACCAAGACACAGUGAGGUUUCUUAUUGUUUCUGUUUUGCAAAGCAUACCAAAAAUGAAAGCUCAGAUCAAAUCCAUCACAAUUCAUCCAGAGAUCGCCGAUUUUAGAGACCUGAAUAACCUCGUACCUAAUGCCACUAUCAAGCAUUGCAUGUCACUGAUUGUCAGAGUGAUAGAGGGGAAAAUUGCUCAUUUAUCAAUUCCCACCCAGUCACAGAUAAAAAUUGUUUUACAAGCCCUAUGUUUUUCCCGUUCCUUAAAAAUCUACAAUCGCCAUCUCAAUGAAUUGAAAGCUUUAUGUCCUGUAGAUGUAUAUCAGUACUACAUUGACACAUGGCAUCCUAGCAGAAAAGAAUGGUGUACAAAGGACAGCAAAAGAGUAAAAAAUGAAAAAUCAUUAUAUACCUACUCUGGGGCUCUACAAUACACACUUUCAACAAAAAUGGGGAUUUUGCCAUCAUUGUACCAGUGCCUCCGUGUCCUUUUGCUUGAGACCCUCGAGUUACAAAGUGUACCAGAAACCAUAUUCGAGGUUUAUACUGACCUGGUGCCUGUUACUUCAACAGAAACAGAAACAGCAACUACUGCUACUACUAGUACUGAUGCUUCUGAAGAGCAGGUUUGUGGAGAAGAAAAAAAUGAACUGGAGCAAAUGGAGUUUUACAGUUGGGAUGAUUUUCAGUCCUUUCUAAACAUUUGGUGUGAAGAACAGAAAAUCCUAUUUGUCAUUCGCAAUUCUGUGCCCUUGAGCAGUGAAGAUAUGAGCCCUGAGUUAGUGCAAACUCUGAAGUACAGUAUGGUGAACCUUGGUUGCAGCAGCUAUACCAGAAAGCGCUGCCCAGCUACUAUUCAGCUGCGACUGGGUCCAGAAAUGGAUAAACUAAUAAUCACGAAGACUGACCUCCAGCAUAGUCAUGAUUCAGAGAUAGACCUUCCAUCUCGUUUUACAAGAAAACCUGAAUCCUUUGUGGAAGCCCCAGCAACGUUGUUUUUUGAGAUCUCUGAUAAAUUCAUGGACAGAACUGAUUUGACAAAGCUUCUACGUUUACACUUCCCAUUUGGCAGGGAAUCACAAUUUCUGGAUGAACUGGAAUCCCUUUUUAAUACCGAUCCUGGUGCAAAGGUGAAAUUGGCUUAUGCCGAUGAAAAGUUUACAAUGAGAAAUCUCUUCUUGAUGACAACUGGCAUGCAGAAUUUGCUCCAGAAUUUUUCAGAAAGCCUGUUUAUUGCCCACCUUCCAAGUCUAAAUCAGGAAUAUGCUUUGUAUUCUGUCUUGUGUCAAGAUGAGAAUUUUGCCUGGAGAGUCUGUGCUCAUUGUAUUGCCAGGAAAAACUCCACAGACCCCUUACAGUUUGUUCUGCUUUCUCUUUUACAUGUCCACCCUAAUUUGAACACGCAAUUAAAGUGUUUGACACUGAGCCCAGACAUUCAGAACUGUUCAGAUACACAGGCUGUGCUCCCCAAUGUCAUAAUAAAGCAUUGCUUACCGUUUGUGUUUGAAUUCAUGCAUCGUAAAAUCUCCUUCUUAAGUCAGAUGGAGCAGUCUCAGAUUAAAAACUUGCUUGCCAACCUCGCUCAAGCUUCCUCAACUGACAAUUACACACAGUACCUUAGUGACUUGAAGUCUGCCUGUCCUGAUGAAGUGUUUCAGUACUAUUUUGACAACUUUCAUCCAUGUUGGAAUUCAUGGUCUGGGAAGGACAGCCAAACAAUUGAUGCAGAAAACUCUAUUUGUGAUUUUGUGAAAUUCUUUCACCAAGAAUUAAGGACACAUUUGGGAACAAUGCCUUCUUUAAGCCAAUGCCUGCAUGCCAUACUCACUGAAGAUCAGGCACAUGAUCAGGAGCCCUCAGAAUCAAGCAAUACAUGCAUGAUGGAUGAAAGCACUUCUACCUGUCAAACAGAUACUACAAGUGUACUGAACACACAGGAGCAAGAUGGUGUAAGCACGGAGAUAAUUACUACUGAAGUGCCUAAUAAGGAUUAUGAAGACAUUGCAAAUAUGCAAUUAAAUGGCAGGGAGUUUCAGAGCUGGGAUGACUUUUGCGCUUUCCUGCAAGAAUGGAGUAAAGAAAAGUACAUUCUGCAUUCAUCUUCAAUCAUAGAGGAGGGCAGUAAUGAAGAACCCGACAUUCAAAGCAUUUCCGAAAUAUUGAAGUACAGCUGGGCACAACUUUCCUGCAGUUGGAAAAACUGCCCAGCAUUCAUUGAGCUGUCACGAGGUCCCCAGAAAGACAAACUUAUUGUCACACAGUGCAGCCCAAAUCACAGUCAUGUCAUGGAAGAUUCCAGCGAUGCUCCUCCCGAGAAGAAGUUUAAGUCCUCGGCUGCUGUAGGAUUGCCAGCACAGGUGGCAAACAACAUAUCUAAAAAGUUUCUGGAACCAAGCGAUUUAAAAAGGCUUCUCCGCUUCCGCUCUGGUGCAUUUGAAGACCGGACACAAGUUCUCGCGGAGCUGCAGUCCCUUUUCUUUUCAGAUCCAGAUGCAAAAGUCAAGCUGGUGUUUGUGGAGGAUAAAUUGCAUGUGAAGAAAAUCUUUCUAAUGACCUCUGCUAUGAGAGAUCGAGCUCAGAAUCAUCCUGAAAAUCUCUUCAUUGAUUUGUUUACAGAAUUCAGCCCAAGUUUUAACUUGUAUACCAUUUUUUCUGAGGUGAAGGGAGAAGGAUGGAUCCCAUGUGCUUACUGCAUUGCUAAAAAACAGUUGGACGGUAUCAUUCCCUUCCUUACAGGUUUGCUUUGUGAGAUUAUUCCCACAUUAACUAAAAAGGUAAAACAUUUAACCAUCAACCCUGAUAUUCUAGAACCAGUUAACCUGGAAAGCCGUUUACCACAUGCCCAUGUGAGAUACUGUAUGCAGGCAGUUUUAAAUCUCUUGUACAGUCGUAUAUCCUACUUGGAUACUAGGUCUGAGGCCCAGAUCAAGAACUUCCUUCAUAUCAUUUCUCAGACAUGUUCAGUUAAGGUCUAUGACCGAUAUCUGAAUGACCUGAAGGCUAUUUGUCCAGCAGAGGUGUUUAAAUAUUACCAUGACACAUGGCACCCUCGCAGAAAAAUGUGGGUAAAGAAGGAUAACAGGACUGAAGAGUCUGAGCGGCAUUUAUAUGAUUUAGUUUCUGCGAAUCAUGCAAAGCUUAAAGCCGAAGUGGGCUUUAUGCCCUCAUUGUAUCAAUGUCUGUGUUCUGUACUUGGCAGCACAGUGAAGAGCUCAGCUGAUGGGCUACACCUUCAGAAUGCUGACAUCACAUCGUUCUGUGAUUAUGAAAAGUCUGCUCCUUCACCUACAUCAAAUCAGGGACAAGAUGCUCCUGUGUUGACAUCCAUUAAUGAAGGAACUCUCCAUACAACUGCUUCUUCAGAAAAUUCUACAGAUGAG